AUGUCAAUGUCAGAUAAACGUCAGAAUUCAGUGCAAAAACAAAGAUGGCAGGCGCACUGCCUCUCGGAAUUAGAACCCACUCUCAAAGAGUUUGCAGCCUUUACAAAAGGGCUCUGCGUAAUGUCGAAGCGUUUUAUGAUAGACGCGAUGUGUACCGCUAUCAAGCCGUCCUGCUGCGCGAUCGGUUCAACAAGAACGCCAAGAUCCAGGACAUGCGCAAGGCGGUGCAGCUCCUGAAGGAGGGCGAGGAGGAGCUCUUCCUGCAGCAGCAUCCUAUUCCUAAGAAGUUCGCCGAGAGUCCCGGCGGCGUGGCCUACGAGCGUGAAGUGGAGCCCCCGGACUGGGUCCUGGAUUACUGGCACCCGCUCGAGAAGGCGCAGUACCCGGAGUACUUCAAGCGGCGCGAGCAGCGCAAGAAGGAGUUUAUCGCCAUGUGGGAGAAACAGUACGGCAAGCAGGAGGAAAAGCCGCACCAUUGAGUCUUGUAUCAUAGUUAAUUAGUCAAUAUAUUUGUUAAUACAA